GCAUUUUCCAUAUCUCUUCCUCUUACCAACCGCUCCUACCGAAUCUUGUGAAGCAAUUUAUAGGCGGAAAAAUGGUUGAACUCACACCCGAAGAAAAGAAAGAGCUGAUCACUCGCAACCUGCAGGAGACUCUGGGCGAGGAUAAGCUCAAUGCCAUCCUUAAGGAGCGGGAUUUGAAAAUCUAUUGGGGCACUGCCACCACCGGCAAGCCCCAUGUGGCUUACUUUGUUCCCAUGUCUAAGAUUGCUGAUUUCCUGAAGGCCGGAUGUGAAGUGACCAUUCUGUUUGCCGAUCUUCAUGCCUAUUUGGAUAAUAUGAAGGCGCCGUGGUCAUUGCUCGAGCUCAGAACACAAUACUAUGAGCAAGUGAUUAAAUCCAUGCUGAGAUCUAUUGGAGUUCCCCUGGAGAAGUUACGUUUCGUCAAAGGCAGUGACUAUCAGUUGUCCAAGGAAUACACUUUGGAUGUCUACAAGCUAACUUCGGUGGUGACUCAGCAUGAUGCGAAAAAGGCAGGAGCCGAAGUGGUCAAACAAGUUGAAUAUCCUUUGCUGUCUGGUUUACUCUACCCAGGAUUGCAGGCUCUAGAUGAGGAAUACUUGAAGGUUGACGCUCAAUUUGGAGGCGUUGAUCAAAGAAAGAUUUUCACCUUUUCGGAGAAAUAUUUACCACAAUUGGGCUAUGAGAAGAGAAUCCAUUUCAUGAAUCCCAUGGUUCCCGGCCUUGCUGGUGGCAAAAUGUCAUCCUCGGAAGAGGAUUCGAAAAUUGAUUUGCUCGACUCGCCAGCCAAUCUCAAGAAGAAACUGAAGAAGGCCUUCUGUGAGCCUGGAAACAUUGCCGACAAUGGUCUUCUGUCGUUUGUCAAACAUGUCCUGUUCUCCUUGUUCGCAGAAGGCGAGGGAUUUGAGGUGAAACGUGUGCCAGAUCAUGGUGGCGAUGUUACUUUCCUCAACUAUGCCGAUUUGGAGCAAUAUUAUGCCGAGAACAAGCUACACCCCGGUGACCUGAAAGCAUCUGUGGAGAAGUACAUUAACCGUUUGCUAGAUCCCAUUCGAAAGGACUUUGAGAAGCCAGAAUUGCAAAAACUCAGUCUAGCUGCUUAUCCUCCGCCAGCAAAGGUUAAAGGCGGCGCUGCUGCUGCUCCUGCUGCUGGUUCUGCAGUAGAUGAGGAUUCACCAGCUCGCCUGGAUAUACGCGUGGGUAAAGUCUUGGAAGUCGCACGCCAUCCUGAUGCAGACACUUUGUAUGUUCUGAAGAUUGAUCUGGCUGAGGCUCAGCCGCGUACUAUAAUCAGUGGUCUGGUGAAAUUUGUCACCCAAGAGGAAUUGGACCAACGACUUGUCGCUGUGUUAUGCAAUCUGAAGCCAUCCAAAAUGAGGGGCAUCCUAUCUGAGGGCAUGGUUCUCUGUACCUCAAAUGCCGACCAUACAGUAGUGGAGCCCAUCGUAUUGCCCUCAACAGCUACGCCUGGCAGCAGAUUAGCAUUUGAAGGCUUCUCUGGCACACCCGAUGAGCUAUUGAAUCCCAAGAAAAAGGUUUGGGAGAAACUUUCUGUGGACCUUAAGACAAACGCAGAUGGUCAGGCUGUCUGGAAAGACAGUUUCCUGCUUACCACCGAAGGCGACAAACUUUCCAGCAAAUUGGCCAAUUGCAGCAUUAAAUGAACACAACUUCUUAGCCAGACUACCUGAGCCUAUGUAAUACUAUUCUUUAGACAGAAAACUACAAAAACAAAUAACUUA